UCGAAGCUCGACGAUCGCCAGCGAUCUCCGGAGAUACUUUGAGGUUCUAAGAUUCCAACCGAAGAUUCCACCGAUUCGUCGAGAAUCUCUGCGAUCAGAUGGCGAUUUCGAAUCCAGCUCCGGAUUCCGCCAAUCUCACCGAGGAUCGCGAUCGCAAGCGGAAGAGGGGUCAAACCCUCAGUAAUCCGUCCUCGUCUCGAUGGAAGAACGAGAACAAAAGCUGCUACUGCCGGAAAGCUCAGGGUUUUGGCCGGCUGGUGCCGGGCUGAUCGCAAGCUCGCAGCAUGGCCAGACGCUUGGAAGAGACGAUGGAUUACAUCCCCGCGCUCGAGAUGCAGGUCCGAGUGAUGACCCAGCUGGUCCAGAUCUUAUCGGGUCUAGGCGCGGAUCGGAGCGGAUCUCCGUAA